UAAGCUUUGUUAAUAUUGUAUACCAGUGUGUGUCAGGUAUUUGAAAUUUAGCAUACAGGGAUAAAUCGAGGACAAUAUGAGACGCAUAUUCCUGUUUCUGUGGGUCUGUUUGUUGGUCUCCAACAAGAGGGCGGAAGGGGGAAGCAUGAUGGCCCACUUGAUGCGACAAGCUGGGACUUUGAAACAUGGGUUGAAACUGGCAAUGAAAAUCGGCGAUAUCGGUACGCACAAAAAUGACGUGGCGUUUACUGCAGUGACGUCAAGCGCGACAAACUAUAGAAGCAGCCGAACGAUCGCCUUCAACAAGAUGUUGUUAAACCACGGGAACGCUUUCAGCACCAGUAACUACCGAUUCACGGCCCCAUCGGAGGGCCUCUAUGUCUUCUCCUGGUCACUGGCAUUAGUCAAGGGCAGAAGCUAUAAUGGGAAUGUGAACUUGAUGAAGGACGGGAGCGUUUACCACAGCACCCAGUGUUCCAAUACCCACCAACAAUGUGGCAACACUGCCGCCGUGUCGCUGGGGAAGAACAACCGUGUCUGGAUUCAGACAAGGAGUAACAACGUGUACGUGUACGGAACGUUCUCCUCUUUCUCUGGAUGGAAGGUUCAUUGGUAGUUCACUACGACCACAGCUAAAUAGUCUCUACUUUGUUCAACGACAAUGGUGUGGUUCCUUUUCCGGCUUUUGAUUUAUAACUGCAGUGGGAAUAUAAAUUUAUACUAAACUUCACUUCUUAAUCGAAAUAAAGAAUAAAGUUUGUACAGGUAACAGACUGAGAUCGUAGUCCUUAUUGAUGGUUCUGACUCGUCACCUCUCCUCCUUAAUCUAUUCCUAACCCCGACACAUGAAUGGACCGCUCACGAGAACCUCUUGUGUGUCUGUGUAUUUAUAUUCUUUAUGGUAAUAAUGAAGCUGAUCACUGUU